AUGGAUGCGUGUUCGGUUAUUUACGGCGCGGCGAAACCUGGGGAGGAUGAGUGGGGACGACGGGCGCGCGAAGUGGACGAAGACGGCGACGCGAGCGCGGCGGCGGCUUCGGGGGAUUCGGACGUCGACGAUGAAGACGACGAGCGGGAUGACGAUGAAGACGCCGUGAUCGCGGAUGAAGAGUUUAAGGCUGGCGUGCGCGCGUUGAAACGGGGCGAUUUGAACGAGGCGUUGCGAAGAUUUGUGUACGCGGAGUCGUGCUGUCCUCGCUCGAUGACGGAGGCCAAGGAAAAGUUGUUGAAAACGAUCGCCCAGACGCGAGCUUUGCUGGAACAAGAGGACGAGGACGAGGGUGAUGACGACGAAUUCGUUUCGCGCGAUGAUGACGAGUUCGACGACUCGCGAGACUUUGACGACGCCGGCGACGAGUUCCACGACGCCGAAGGCGCCGAUUCGGAGACGGGUUGGAGCGAUACGGACGCGUCGUUGGCGGAUGAUGCGUACAGGACGGCGGUUUGGUUGUUGAAAUCCGCCGCGGACGAACGGAAACCCGCGGAUACGGAGAAGAUACGCGACUUGCUCGAGCGCGCGCGCCAGUUUUGUCCGCCGGCGGCGAGCGAGGCGUUGCAUCGCAUUGACGAUUUGCUCGCGAGAUUAGACGUAGAGGUUUAG